CGCCACAAGCUGCGGUUUUGAUAUUCAUGGCCAUAUCGGUGCCCAUUGGUUUGCCACAUCGGAAUGUCUUUCUGUCUUACAAUUACGAGUUUAACUACUAUCAGCCGGAACACGUGUACAAAUAUCCUCCGAUUUUGAUGGGUCAGGACUUUGAGGAUAGCUAUCUGACAUAUCCCACGACGGGACGAGAGGCCAAAGGAGGAUACUGCCAUGAUUGCAAAGAUUGGAGAAUAGAGGGAAAUAGCACAGCCCCAAGUAAUUCGUCGACAAAAGCGGCAUCUCGUGAAAAGCGUGCCUUAACUUUAAUGAGCCGCUCUGUUUUUUAUGCCAUGUUAAGGGAUAAAUUAAGAAGGUCUGGUUUUCCUGCUGAAGCCUGUUUACUGCGCCUAAUAUGCGAUACAAAUGCUUCUCAACUGGGUGAAGUUAAUGGAUUUUUGGGCAGUCUAGUUCAUAUUAUAUUCAGUCCCAGCAGCUCCAAGGAAGAGAACCUGCCCCAUGAGUAUUACCAAGCCGAAUGGGAUGGUCGAAAACAUCAGGAGUGCUCCGCUUACUCUAAGACUUGUGACCAUGACAUAUUGGACCUGAUUUCUGUUCCACUAGAGAAGGCUCUUGGCGACAUUGUAAGCCGACGAAGAAGAAAAUAA